AUGUCUCUCCCAUCGAACCAUACAGCUCUCGUCGUCGUCGAACGCGGCAAGGUUGCCAUCAAGCAGCAAGCCUUGCCAGAGUGUGCCGAUGACGAGGUCCUUGUCAAAGUAAAAGCCGUCGCAAUCAAUCCAACGGACUGGAAGCACAUCGACUGGGUACUCCAGCCGGGACAGUCUGUGGGAUGCGAUUUCUCGGGAACCAUCUGUGCCAUGGGUAAGAAUGCGAAGAAUAAAGGCUUCAGCAUCGGUGAUCCCGUCGCGGGAAUCACGCCUGGCCCCGCAAUCAAGCCAAACAAUGGUGCAUUCCAAGAGUACGUCGCUGCGCACACGGACAAUAUCUGGAAGAAGCCCGACAUCCUCCCAUACGAGAGUGCUGCCCAUAUGGGCGGUGUUUCCCUCUCAGCAGCGGCUUUUGCAAUCCAUUGCAAGCUCGGUAUUCCUUUGAAGGGGGUCACUGACCGUAAGCCUAUUAUAAUCUGGUCUGGUGCGAGUGGCGUCGGAAUGGCCGCUAUCAAGAUCGCCUCCCUUGCGGGAAUGCGCGUCAUUACGACUGCUGCUGAGCAGAACAAAGCUCUCCUCCAGAAACUGGGUGCCGAAGCCGUUAUCGAUUACAAGGACCCCGAAGCCGUGCAGAAGGUGAAGCAGUGGGCAAACAAUGCCGGCUGCGGAGCUAUCAAGCUCGCAUUUGACUGCAUUUCCGAGCACGAUAGCACGCAAAAGUGCUGCGACAUCGUCGGUCAAGGUGGCAAAGUCAUCAGGCUGGACACGAUGACUCCUUCACCAAAUUUGGAUGCCAAGGGUGCCGAGGUGGAGCAGAUUUUGCUGUAUACCGCAUUGGAUCCGAAGAACGUUGAUCAUAAGGCGUUGGCGGAAUGGAACAGGAUGAUGCCUUCUCUCAUCGAGAGCAAGAAGUUGACCAAGGACGACGUGCCCCUCAAGCUGUUCCAUGGCUUCGAGGAACUGCCAGAAGCGAUUGAUUAUAUGCGAAAGGGCAAGGCCCAUGGCGAAAAGGUCGUUGUGGUGUUGCAGAAGAACUGA